ACCACCCCUUUCGGACAGCUCCAGAGAUUCAGCCGUCUGGCGCACGGUUCUCGUUCAGUUUCUCUUCCCGCCCCCUAAGAUCAAAUCCGAGAAUCGAAACUCCGCUGAGAGCCAUGCAGCAGGAGCCUGCACCCGCCCGAUCUUCGGGAUCCCAGCAGGACUCCGCACCGCCCCAAGCGCUCACCAUGCCUCCCCCGGAGUCCCUCUCCGAAGACCACCAGUCCAGCCCCGGCCACAGCCCCACAGAGCAAGCUACGGAGGAGGAGUUCCAGUUCCUGCGCUGCCAGCACUGCCGUGCAGAAGCCAAGUGCCCUAAGCUGCUGCCUUGUCUGCACACGCUGUGCUCAGGAUGCCUGGAGGUGCCCCGCAUGCGGUGCCCUAUCUGCCAGGCGCCCCCGCCCACAGGAGCUGACGCGCCUAUCUGCCAGGCACCCCAGCCCGCAGGCGCUGACGCGCAGGCUCUGGAUAACGUCUUCUUCGAAAGUCUGCAGCGGCGCUUGUCGGUAUACCGGCAGAUCGCUAACUCGCAGGCGGUUUGCACUCGCUGCCAAGAGCUGGCCGACUUCUGGUGCUUCGAGUGCGAGCAGCUCCUCUGUGCAAAGUGCUUCGAGGCGCACCAGUGGUUCCUCAAGCACGAGGCCCGGCCCCUGGCAGAGCUCCGCAACCAGUCGGUGUGCGAGUUCCUGGACGGCACGCGCAAGUCCAACAACAUCUUCUGCUCCAACCCCAACCACCGUACCCCUAUGCUGACCAGCAUCUACUGCCGAGGCUGCUCCAAGCCACUGUGCUGCACGUGCGCGCUUCUGGAUAAUGGCCACAGUGACAAGUGCGACAUCAGCGAGGAGAUCCAGAAGCGACAGGAGGAGCUGGACACCAUGACGCAGGCGCUACAGGAGCAGGACCGCACCUUCAGUGCGGCGCAGGCGCAGAUGAACUCCGCCGGCAGCCAGCUGGCGCGCGUGCGCACAGACAUGGAGGAACUGAUCCGCGAGCGUGUGCGUCACGCAGUAGAGCGCGUGCGGGAGCAGGAGCGCUUGCUGCUGGAGGCGGUAAAGACCCGGUACCAGAGCGACUCCCAGGAGAUCCGGGACCAGUUGGGCCACCUGGAGUCUGUGCUGCAGCGCAUCCGCAUCGGCAGCACUCUGGUGCAGAGAAUGAAGCGCUUCGCCUCAGACCAGGAGGUGCUGGACAUGCACGACUUCCUGCGGGAGGCGCUCAGCCGCCUGCACCAGGAGAAACCCCAAGACCUGCAAGCUGCCGUGCGCACCGAUGGCUUCGAGGAAUUCAGGGUGCGCCUGCAGGACCUCGUCUCUAGUAUCACCCAGGGGACAGAUGCAGGUCCACUGAGGAGAUCCAUCCCAGAGGCUGCCAGCAGUCCCAGGGACCCUCCUGCCGUUGACCUGCCAGAGAGGGCACAGAUGGCUCAGCCACAGACCCCGAGGCUGGCUGAGACUCAGCCUGUGGCCGUGGUACAGUCAGUGCCUGGGGCACACCCUAUGCCGAUGUACGCUUACUCCAUCAAAGACCCCUCCCACAGAGAGGAGUUCUCCAACACAACCACAACACAAAAGAGGAAGUCCUGCCAGACCGAGAGCCCAAGGAAGAUGAUCAAGAUGGAGACUGAGGAGGAGAAGGAGGCCAGGUUGGCCCAGAGCUCCCCUGAGCAGCCCAGGCCCAGCACCUCCAAGGCAGUCUCGCCACCCCACCUGGACGAGCCCACCAGCCCCAAGACCCCCACUGUAGGAAAUGAGGCCGUACUGCUCAACAGCAGCCAUACAGCCGGCGACUCUGGGGAGGCAGAGGAGCGCGUUGUGGUGAUCAGCAGCUCAGAAGACUCAGAUGUGGAAAAUUCGUCCUUCCGAGAGUUGGAUGACAACAGCAGCGAGUCCAGUGACCUUCAGCUGGAGGGCUCCAACUCCCUCAGGGUCCUGGACGACAGCCUCGCCAACUCCCAAGCGGAAAACAGGCCCUUGGUUUUCUUUGACCUCAAGAUUGACAAUGAAACCCAGAAGAUUAGCCAGCUGGCUGCCGUGAACCAGGAAAGCAAGUUCCGUGUGCUCAUCCAACCGGAGGCCUUCAACGUCUACUCCAAGGCUGUGUCCCUGGAGGUGGGGCUGCAGCAUUUCCUUCGCUUCCUGAACUCCAUGUGCCACCCCAUCUUGGCUUGCUAUAAGCUGUGGGGGCCCAGUCUCCCCAGCUUCUUCCGGGCUCUGGAGGACAUGAACAGGCUGUGGGAGUUCAAGGAGGCCAUCUCAGGCUUCCUGGCCAUCCUGCCCCUCAUCCAGGAGCGUGUGCCUCAGGCCAGCAGCUUCAAACUCAGAAGUCUGGCCCAGACCUACCUGGCGAGGAACAUGAGCGAGCGCAGUGCCCUGGCCGCCGUGCUGACCAUGCGUGACCUGUGCCGCCUCCUCGAGGUCUCCCCGGGCCAGGAGCUGGCCCAGCACGUCUAUUCCUUCAGCAACCUGCAGUGCUUCACAUCCCUGCAGCCCCUGGUGCAGGCGGCCGUCCUGCCCCGGGCCUCAGCCCGCCUCUUGGCCCUCCACAAUGUGACCUACACGGAGCUGCUGACUGCACACCGCUGGGACCCACAGAGGGGCUUGAAGAAGUAUAGCCGCUACCUGCAGUCCACCACAUCACCCUCUGCCCAGUCUGCUCUCAACCUGCAGGCCCUAAGCACCUACUUCAAAGACCUGUUAGAGAGGCCGGCCUUGGCACAGGCAGAAGGCACUUCUACCCCUCUUGCUGGCCACAGCUUGGCCUAAAGGGCCUCCCAGCAGAGCUGAAAGGAGGGGAUGACUAGGUUGGGAUCUCUGGGGGCAGAGAGGGAUGGGGUCCCUGAGCUAGGCCCCGCCUGUCACAGUGUUCCCAGUUCCUGGUCCCUAGUACUCAGCUGGCAUUUGGUUCAGAAUCAGUUCUCCUCUGGGACCAAAUUCCUCUUCUCUAAAAACCCUACAGAGAAUGUUCCAAGGCCAAGCAGCUACCCGCCCCUCCUGAGGCCACCAGAUACCCCAUGCAGGCCCUGGUAGCACCAGGCCCCUGGCCCUCCCCUUUCAGGAGCCAGAACCAAGAAGGUUUUGGGUGAUAAAGGUAUGGCCUCUGGGCUCUCUAACCUCCAUCUUGCCCCAGCCACUUGACUUGCCACUUCCAUGAGCAUCCUUGCACCUCCUCCCUGACCCCCAGGCACUGCCUGGGGGACCUGCUGACAGCUCCCAUGGACACUGCCUACAACACCAGUGGCCCAAGGGUACCCAAAGUGCCUUUUAAACCAAACUGUCCCUAAUGCGCUUGAAUUCUCCCAGCCUCUGCCUGCCUGAAGGCUGGCUCUCUGUUCACUUCUCUCUGGAGCAUUUUCAUCCCCAGAGGUCUUCAUAUCUGCAGAGACACAAGCUGCUGUGUCAUGCCUGUCCCCACUCACAAAGUCUGACCCUCCACGCUUGCUUCCUUCCUCCUGGCCAUACAAACGCCCCCCCUCCCCCUCUUCGCGGAGGCUCUCAGCAUGGCCCUUCACUCUGUCUGCACUGCCCGCCUCAGCCCUCCCUAGGAAUGUCCUGUAACCCAGCACUGUUCUCUGUAGUCCAGGGACCCGCACAAUGGCUUCUCCUGACGGCUCUAUCCCUGCCCUCUGGGAUUGGCCUCUCGGGGGUGGGGCCCAGCAAGCUGUUUAUUUUAGCAAGUUCUUCAGAUGGGUCUGGUGCCUGCUAAGUUCCAGAACCAUUGCUAUGUAGAUAGAUCUUCAAAGGAGAAGCAAUGUGAAGCAUCAAAGAGAGCCCUGGCUCAGCCCCGACUGUAUGCAUUGGAUGUGACAUAGGAAAAGGGUCCCUCCAGAGCCACCAUAUCCCCACCUCUAAAAUGGGCUGGUUGGCCCCAAUGUCUCAGAGUCCAGUUCAACUCUGCCAUUCUGGGGUUUUAGGGAUGGAAAGCAGGCCACUGAGGCAGUGGGCAAGACGGUUUCAUUCUUGAACCCUAACUCCCAGCCCUGAGCUAAGGUCCCCAACCUUGUGAUCACCCCAGAGGUCAGCAGCAGAACACAGGUAGGUCAGGGCCAUCUGUGACUAGCAGAACCACUGUCCCUUUCCCCCCUCCCAUCCCUCUUCCUUGGCUCCCUGUUACUGGGACACAUCCCAGACCCCCAUCCUCUAUGGCCUCAGCUUUCACAGGGAUGAAGUGUGUGUGUACACACGUCAGCCCCCACGCAGUGGGUACCUUGAAGACCCACUAAGGGAUUACAUAGGAUCUCGCUACCGUGGUGGUAGUGCUGGCUCUAACAGCGAGCUCCGAUGCAUUUAAAAUAGGAUACUGAUUUAAAGCAGGUGCUGACUCUGAACUUGGUGAGCACAGACUGAUGGGGAGAGGGGAGGCGAGGGGCAGGGGCCCCAGCCUUGGCAGCUGCCAGGAAGCCUCACCCUGGCCUGAGCAAUACCCACGGAUUUCCAGCCACACAAUGCUUGCUAUCUUCCGAUGCAGUUGAUGUUUGGCUUUAUAACAAGGGCUGUUCUACCUUCUUUCCACUUUCGCAACCUUUAAUAAAGACGUGACUCUAAAGCCUGG